UGAGGUUCCCAUUAUUUCGGCGAGGGCAUCGGUGAUGAUUUAUGAUGAUGCCAACAAAAAGUGGGUGCCUAGUGGUGCCAGCCAGGGCAUUUCUAAAGUACAGAUUUAUCAGCACACCACAAACAAUACUUUCAGGGUUGUGGGGAGGAAGGUUCAAGACCACGAGGUGGUGAUAAACUGUGCCAUAGUCAGGGGACUCAAGUACAACCAGGCCACUCCAACAUUCCACCAAUGGCGAGACAGUCGCCAGGUUUAUGGUCUCAACUUUGCAUCACGGGAAGAUGCAGAGAACUUUUCACAAGCCAUGUUGACUGCUCUAGAAACAUUAAAUAGUCUGUAUCGCCAGCCGCCUCCAGUGGCUCCACCUCCCCAGCCACCUCUGCCUCAAGGUAACAUCUAUGCUCAAGCUAUGAACUCUGUCAAUGGACCAUUAGAACAAGAAGAAAGAAUACAACGAGAAGACUUUCCAUCUCAUAAAAGGCAGAUGUCUGGUGGAGGUACGGAAGCCUAUUCAGAACCAGCACCAGUUGUACCUCAAGCUCCACCGCAGCCACCAGCUUCGGCGCCUCCUGCUCCCCCAGCACCUCCUGCAGCCCCUCCAAUGCCCACUGCUGCUCCUCCAGCACCCCCUGCGCCAGCCCCCCCUCCUCCUCCUCCAGCUGGUGGACCUCCUGCUCCACAUGGUGGACCUCCUCCUCCAUCUGGAGGACCACCUCCUCCCUUUGGUGGACCACCACCUCCUUUUGGUGGACCACCUCCUCCUUCAGCUGGUGGACCACCCCCACCCCCACCUAUUCCUGCAGGUGGGUUCAGCGCCCCUGGAGGAGGCGGAGGAGUUAAUCAGGGAGGACUAGCUGCAGCUCUCCAAGGAGCAAAGUUGAGGAAAACAAUCAAGUCUGAAGAAAAGGAACCUAGUGCAGUGAGUGCAGAUCGUGGUAACACAAACACUAUCCCCAUUGUUGGAGCCAAUCGUCCCGCUGCUACUGGAGGUGGCCAUAUUGACAUGAUGUCGGAGAUGCAAAUGAAGCUCAGGGCCAGGAAGGCAAAAUCUGAGCCAGAUCAAGGUGAUGCCGACACCGCUGCACAUAAUGCACCAAAUCUAUCUCCUGAUGUACGGCGGCCAUGGGAGAAGAAUGCUGGGAAUGGAACGCAGCCUAGAUCAGGACAAGUUAAUGGUUCAGAGUCACCAAAACCAAUGAGAAAACGUAACCCAUCAUUGACAGGCCAGGAAUGUUUAGGUCAAGCUGGUGAGACUGGAGCACUGAGCGCAGAUAUGGAAGUCUUAAAGCAAGAAAUACUGGCAGAAAUGAGGAGAGAAAUGAACAAGAUGAAGAAUGACAUUAUUGAAGCUAUACGACAGGAGAUCAGCCAUAGGUAA